UUUUUCGAGGGACCACAUUGUGGAUUAAUUCAAGAGAAAUUGCCUCAUUUUAGGAUGCAAUGACGUGGGAGUAGCCAUUGCUUUGUCUUCCCUCUUUAUAUAUAGAUGCAUUACAUUGUAAGGCUCUUGCAAUCUUGCAUGAAGCAUACUUGUUAGUGGCUUUCGAGUUUUAAACAGCUCGUGUGUGUGUGUGUGUGUGUGUGUGUGUGUGUGUUUGUCAUGGACGGGAAGAAGUUGGAAUACAAAGGUGAGGAGGCGUUGAAGGAGUUGGAAAGGCUUACAAUGAAUGCUGAUGAGGUACAAGAGGAACUUUUGGAAGAAAUAGUUACUAGGAAUGGUGAUACUGAGUAUCUGAGUAAGUAUCUCAGAGGCUCGAAAGAUGUCUCUGCCUUCAAGAAUCGCGUUCCUGUCAUUAGUUAUAGUGGCAUUCAGCCUUAUAUUAAGAGGAUUGCCAAUGGAGAGGACUCUUCUCUUAUCUCAGGCCAUACUAUUGUGGAGAUGUUAUGCAGCUCAGGGACAUCGAAUGGAGAGCCCAAGCUGAUGCCGUCAAUUGCUGAGGAUCUUGAUAGGAGAACUUUCUUGUACAACCUUGUCAUGCCGGUUGUCAACCAGUACAUUCCCGGUUUGGAUGAAGGAAAGGCGAUGUUCCUCAACUUUGUGAAGGCUGAAAUGUCUACACCUUGUGGCCUGCCAGCAAGAGCAGUCCUUACUAGCUAUUAUAAGAGCAAGCACUACAGAGGACGACCGAGAAACGUUCCUUUUCUUGACUACACUAGCCCUGAUCAGACUGUCCUGUGUGAAGACAGUAACCAAAGCAUGUACUGUCAGUUACUUGCUGGUCUAGUAUUCCGUCACCAAGUUCUUCGUCUAGGAGCUGUUUUUGCCUCAGCAUUUUUGCGUGCAAUAAGCUAUUUGGAGAAAAACUGGGUUAAAAUGUGCAAUGAUAUAAGAAAAGGAAAGUUAGAUGCCUCAAUCACAGACCCUGAAUGUCAGUUAGCUAUGUCAAGCAUAAUUACACCGCCUAAUCCUGGUUUAGCCGAUGAGAUUGAAGAGAUAUGUAGUGGUUCAUCAUGGAAAGGGAUCCUCUGUAGGCUCUGGCCUAAGGCUAAGUACAUUGAGGCGGUGGUCACAGGCUCGAUGGCUCAAUAUAUUCCAUCACUCGAGUACUAUAGUGAUAAGAGACUGCCAUUAUUUAGCCCAAUGUAUGCUUCAACAGAGUCUUUUUUCGGUAUUAACUUGAGACCCUUGGAUGAUCCAUCCGAGGUCUCCUUUACCCUUUUGCCUAACAUGUGCUACUACGAGUUUAUUCCACUUGGAGAAAAUUCAUGGUCACUUGAUGAAGAAAUGGAGGUACCUUCGAACGAGCUUGUGAGUCUGUUGCAAGUCAAGCUUGGAUGUUAUUAUGAACUUGUUGUCACCACUUUUGCUGGACUCUGUAGAUAUCGAAUUGGUGAUGUGCUACAAGUGACUGGCUUCUACAACAAAGCUCCACAGUUCAAAUUUAUAUGUCGUAGAAAUGUUGCUUUGAGCCUAGACAAUGAUAAAACAAGUGAAGAGGACUUGCACAAGAGUAUUACAGUAGCAAAAAAGCUCUUAGAGCCUCACAACGCGAUCCUGCUAGAGUACACGAGCUUUGCAGAUACCUCUUCUGUGCCAGGGCACUAUGUCCUGUACUGGGAAAUUGGACAUAACAAGUCUAAAAUUGACAAUUCUUCACUUGAUGAGGUCCUUCAAGAAUGCUGCAUCGCGGUAGAGGAGGAGCUAGAUUACACAUACAGAAGGUGCAGGUCUCAUGACAAGGCCAUAGGACCAUUGGAAAUAAGGCUUGUUAAGCCUGGCACUUUCGAGGCGCUGAUGGAUUUCUACAUAAGUCAAGGAGGGUCUAUCAAUCAGUACAAAACACCAAGGUGUAUCAACUCUAAAGCCGCCUUGAAGCUUCUCGAAUCGAACGUCAAAGGACAGUUCUUAAGCCCCAGGGAUCCAAUAUGGAUUCCUUAAAUCUUAGUGGACUAUGUUAUAACUUAUAUAGUGUAAUAAGAUCUUUCUGGUUGAUUGUAACCUCUUUGUAGCAAAUAGUUGCUGCACUUUUCUAGUUUUUGUGGGACAAUCUUUGUGUACUUGGUAAAAUAACAACUGAUUAGUAUUACUAUAAUCUACAGUAAAGAAUUAUACCUAUCAUACCUUUUGUUAAGCCCUUUAUUCUAUAAUUAGAGAGCAAAAGGAUGAUAAAUAUGAAAUAUCUAGUGUUUAGAUUA